CCAAUUAAAAUACUGCAAGAAUUAUAUUGUUAGCACAUAAGAGAACAUGGCACAAAGUGAUGGUGAAUGCUUGUUUUAAAAGAUAAUUUAAGGGAAUAUCUUGAGUCUGGAAAUGAACUUAAAAGGUUUUCCAUUCUAACACAAAUAUUGCCAAAAAGGUUUUCUUUUUAAUAUGAGAAAUGCAUGUUUAUUCAUCUACUGCUUUACUAGUAAUCUAGAUUGGCCCUGUUAAGACUCACAGAGCUGGUUGGAAACUCAGAUCUAUGCCCUUUUACUAUUCUCCGAGUCCCUUCCAUUUCUUCUGAGCCAUAAUCUGACUGAAUAAACAUGAAUUUUCAUUAUUUUAUCCUGAAACUCAUCCCCAAUUUUAUUUUCUGCUAGAGGAAAUCUGUCCUUCAUAGUGUGGUAAACUAGCCACAGUGAGCUGCUCUUGUUUUCUGAGAGGGUGAAAAUGGGAGCUUAUCCCUUCCUUCCUACCUUUCCUCCCCUAUGAAAGGAGAAUGGAUGAAACUCUUACCUUUUGUUUUUAAGUAGAAGGCAGAGACAUAAACUGUAUGUCAGAACUGCAAAUACACGUAGUAACUAACAGCAGUCUUGAAAGCAUCUGGCCUUGUUUCAGCAUACGCUGAAACAAGUAGCGUCUAGCCAUCCCGACUGCAUGACUGGUCAGCAAUUUCCAGCACUUGCAGACACUGCCAAGUGAUUUGACAUCCCCUAUCUCGCGUGAUUGCCACAACCACCUAGAAAGGCAGAGCAGGGAAACAGAACGAGACACAGACAAGGCACUCUACAGAGCCACUAACGCUCAGAGGUUGGAUUGGAACCGAGAUCGUCAAAGCUUCAAUUCUUUCCCUGCCGUCAAUCCCCCCGGAGCUGGGCCCUGGCCCUGAAGCCGAGCCCUCGAAACGCGCACACCUGCGCCGGAGCAGGACGAGCCAGCCAAUGAGGAAACCGAAUCCAGGAGGCGGGACGGAGAAGCUGCCAAUGACAGAGCCUGCCCCCAGAGAGAUGCGGCUAAUGAGGGCCUCCUGCCGGAGAGGGAAGGCUGAUUGUCCAAUGAGAGGCUGCGACCAGCGAGACUGGAAGGCGGAACAGCCAGUGAGGCGCCGGGCUGGGGCGGAGAGCCCAGCGCCAAACUGCGACUGCCCGAGUCCCGGCGUGCUGCCCCAGUCGCUGCCCGCCAUGGCCCGCGCUGCCCGGCUCUUCGCCUCGCUGGCCGCCCUCCUCGCCGCUGCCGCUAUAGGCGAUGCCCGGCCCAGCAAAAUCGCCGUGGUUGGAGCCGGAAUUGGGGGCUCUGCCGUGGCCCAUUUCCUCCAACAGCACUUCGGCCCCCGGGUGCAGAUCGACGUGUUUGAGAAGGGGACCGUGGGCGGCCGCCUGGCCACCAUCUCGGUCAACAAGCAGCACUACGAGAGCGGCGCCGCCUCCUUCCACUCCCUGAGCCUCCACAUGCAGGGCUUCGUCAAGCAGCUGGGGCUGCGGCACCGGCGUGAAGUGGGAGGGAGGAGUGCCAUCUUCAACGGGGAGGACUUUGUGCUGGAGGAGACUGACUGGUACCUGCUGAACCUCUUCCGCCUCUGGUGGCACUACGGCAUCAGCUUCCUGAGACUGCAGAUGUGGGUGGAGGAGGUCAUGGAGAAGUUCAUGAGGAUCUAUAAGUACCAGGCUCACGGUUACGCCUUCUCGGGUGUGGAGGAACUGCUCUACUCGCUGGGGGAAUCCGCCUUUGUCAACAUGACCCAGCGCUCCGUGGCCGAGUCCCUGCUCCAGGUGGGCGUCACACAGCGCUUUAUCGAUGAUGUCGUCUCCGCUGUCCUGCGGGCCAGCUACGGCCAGUCAGCAGCGAUGCCCGCCUUUGCCGGAGCCAUGUCGCUAGCCGGGGCCCAAGGCAGCCUGUGGUCUGUGGAGGGAGGCAACAAGCUGGUUUGUUCCGGUCUGCUGAAGCUCACCAAGGCCAACGUGAUCCACGCCACGGUCACCACUGUGACCCUGCAGCAAACAGAGGGGAAACCCUUGUACCACGUCAAGUAUGAGAAUGAGGUGGGAACAGGCUCUGACUACUACGACAUAGUGGUCAUCGCCACCCCCCUGCACCUGGACAACAGCAGUACCAUCACCUUUGAAGGCUUCGACCCGCCCAUCGAUGUCGUCCAGGGCUCCUUCCAGCCCACCGUCAUCUCCUUGGUCCAUGGCUACCUCAACUCUUCCUACUUCGGCUUCCCCGACCCUAAGCUUUUCCCCUUUGCCAGCAUCCUCACCACAGACUUCCCCAGCUUCUUCUGCGCCCUGGACAACAUGUGUCCCGUCAAUGUCUCGGCCAGCUUCCGGCGGAAGCAGCCUCAGGAGGCCGCCGUGUGGCGAGUCCGGUCCCCCCAGCCCCUCCUUCGCUCCCAGCUGAAGACCCUCUUUCGCUCCUACUACUCAGUGCAGACGGCCGAGUGGCAGGCCCACCCCGUCCACGGCCCCCGCAGCCCCCUCCCGCGGUUCGUGCUGCACGACCAGCUCUUCCUCCUCAACGCCCUGGAGUGGGCGGCCAGCUCCGUGGAGGUGACGGCAGUGGCUGCCAAGAACGUGGCCCUGCUGGCUUUCAACCGCUGGUACCAGGACCUAGACAAGAUUGACCAGAAGGAUUUGAUGCACAAGGUAAAGACGGAACUGUGAGGGCUCCGGGGAGAGCUGGAAACGUCCAGCCCCCGCUCAAGACGGAUCCCCCCCCACGCAGCGGCCCAGGUUUUACAAGCCACACUCACCCACAGAGCCCUUCUCUGACCCCUCGUGUGUGGAGCGUCUUUUCUCUCCAUCGUGGGUCCUGGUGACCAACUCUCUGCCUCUCCAUCUUAAGGAUUUUCACAGUGUUGCUUCUUUUGAAGGGGGAGAGUAAGAGCGGGGGAAGGACAUUCAAGCCAAUGUAUUCAUUUAUUUAUUUUUUCUAAGAAGAAAUAAAAAUCCAUCUUAAGCUG